ACCCCUCUCCGUCUUCUACCCACGGACCACCAUGAGAACUGUGAGAAAAAAAUAAAAUCCUUUUCAUUCUGCUUGCUUGCACAUACGAAACAUAAUCAUCCAGUUCCUCCACCACCACAAAAACAACUUUGAUAUCUAUUGUAUUUGUAUUGGCCUCCUUCUUUCCCAUUCUUUUCCUCCACAUCUUGAUUACCAUGAAAUCAGCAAUGAGUCUAGAUUCCUCAACUCCAAUACAGCCGAGUGGCAUUAGUACUGUACCGCUUUUUGAGUCCGGCGAAAUCGAAGAGUCAGAGUCAGAGUCAUCGGUUGCAAUCCCCCCUCAUCCUUUAGGUGUAAAGCCGUCAGGAAACCAAUAUACCGCUACCAGCAAUGCCCGUCAUGCCAUUGGGCCUUUUCAAAUAUUGCCAGACGAAGUGCUAGCCAUAGUAUUAGAAUCUUUGCAUCCAGAAUUGCUGGCCUUACUUGGUUUCACUUGCAAAUUUCUAUAUGCAUUCUGUCGAUCAGAAGAGUUUUGGAAACCCUUAUUCAUUGAGUGAGUAAUUGUAUAUCUCUUUUUACCUUCUCUUCUUUUAUUUGGUCUGAAAUGACGACUUAAGAGUUUUGGUACCUUUUCUUACUCGAUUUCGGCCUAAUUGGCAAAUCAAAUGGUCCACGUUUUGUUUUAGGUGAUUAGAGUUAUUGUCGGAAAAGACAACAGUAGUCAUUCCUUUGAGAGCGGGGCUUACAUAUUCCACUAACUGAGCCUUUGUCAUUUGCCGUAUUUCAGCAGGAACAUGAUGUUUAUGAGAAUAAGGGUCACAGGCGACUUUUCAGGAUACCAAAUGUUUUAUUGACUAGUUUUUUUCUAAAGCUGGAAUGGAUUAUGUAUAUUUCAUCUUGGAGCAAUUGGGUUGUUUCGUGCUCGGUUAUUGUAUCGAGGUCUAUGGGGAUUUUCAGCCGCUAGAGGUUGAUCAGAGACCAGAGAAAGAUAAACAUCAAGUGAUAUUCUCAAAUGUAUCUUUUCUAGCCUAGAGGAUGUAUAUAGAAUACCUCAAAUAAAUAUCAAUCACCCCAAAACUCACAACAACAUUCACAAACAUACCAUAAUUCUCACAUGACCUGACUGCUAACCAAGAUAUCAGGUCUCCAGCAUCAGAAUCAGGCACAUUUGAAUGGCGAGGCUCAUGGCGUGCUACAUUCCUCAAUAUAGACGACAGCAAUCUCACAAAGAUCCAAUGUAACGAUGUCUUCUCAGACGUCUUAUACCGACCAUUCCUCUGUACCCACACCCCACUAACCCCCUACACAACAAACAUACCCCCCAAGAACCAAAUCUCACGAAUGGAAAACCUCACCCCGGAAGAAUUCACGUCAAACUGGAGCGACAAACCCUUCAUCCUAACCGAGCCCGUGCAAGAAUGGUCCGCCUAUCGUUCUUGGGACACCAAAGCCCUCCUCCAACAACACCGGGACACCAAGUUCCGCGCCGAAGCCGUCGACUGGUCCCUAAAAACCUACAUCCAAUACAUGAACCACAGCAACGAUGAAUCACCACUCUACCUCUUCGACCGCGACUUCAUCUCCAAAAUGAACCUCCUCCACACCACUAAAGACACCUCACCCCUUCCAUAUCAAAUCCCUUCCUGCUUCGGCGAAGAUCUCUUCAAAGUCCUCGGUCCCAACCGUCCAGACGAUAAAUGGUUAAUCGUCGGGCCCGCCCGCUCAGGCUCCACCUACCACAAAGAUCCCAACGCAACCUCAGCCUGGAACGCCGUACUACGCGGUUCAAAAUACUGGAUCAUGUUUCCCUCGACGCCCUCAUCCCCUCCUCCUCCAGGUGUCUACGUCAGCGCGGAUCAAUCCGAAGUUACCUCGCCCCUAUCCAUAGCCGAAUGGCUCCUCGGCUUUCACGCCGAAGCGCGCCGUACUCCGGGCUGUAUAGAGGGCGUCUGUGCUGCGGGGGAAGUUCUCCAUGUUCCGAGCGGAUGGUGGCAUUUGGUGGUUAAUCUCGAUGCUAGUAUAGCCAUUACACAGAAUUUUGUGCCACGUGCACAUUUAAUAGGAGUAUUAUCUUUCUUGAGAGAUAAAGUGGAUCAAGUGUCGGGAUUUAAGAAAGAAGUGCUGGAUCCCUAUGCAAUGUUUGUGGAUGGGAUGAAGAGAGAGUAUCCGGAAUUAUUGGAGGAAGCGAUGGCGGAGUUGGAGAGGAAAGCCGAGGGCAGGAAGAGGAAGUGGGAUGUGGCUGUUGCGAGUGCGGAUGGUGAUGAGGAUGCCGGGGGCUUUAGUUUUGGAUUUGGUGGGGAUAGUGAUGAGGAGGUACCUUAGACUUGGGAGUAUACUAAGGUGCUUCAAUCCUAUCUUUAACAUAGAGGGGUAGAUAACUUCAUACUGCAGCCGUGCAUUUCCUUUCUAUGCAAUCAUUCUGAUAGAGGUAGAUUGUAGGUUAUAAUGGAGCGAGUGCAAGAUACUCUCGAUACAAACCAUUUCAGGAUUGUGAAAU